AUGGACAGCACCGAGCCGCGGCGCGGGGCUUCAGAGGACCAGCUCGACGACUCUGAUCCCGGCCAUAGCCCCGCGUCCCUUGGACCAACUCAAGAACUGCCCGAUGACCUCCCUAAAUCACUCGAUGAUCGCCGCUCGGUCCCGGUAUAUCAGCAAGAGACAGAGAUGUACGAUGCGUGGCAGGGUAAGUCCAUAUCUUCAGCUAGAUACGCACACGCUUUAUGGUCCGAGCUCGGGAAUGGUGCCUGGGAACGAGAUGUUUUACGAACAGUACUUACUCGCGCCGAGCAAAAGCCAUCCCGACAAUCCCAAUUCCUUACUACACCUGUCGCUGCGAAACCUCUUACUUUCAGCCUAGCCCUUGAUGACCACACGCAUGACCCGGAAACAGACCUUCGCGCCCAGUAUGGACGAGAUAUCGAAGAUAGCGACUCCCGACUCAUGGAGAUGCUCGCAGCGCAAGCAGCACAUCGUGAAGUUGACUCCCUAGCCGCAGACGAAGAAGGCAUAGCAACAGACGAUAAAUUGUCAACGGCCGAGAAGAAAGAUAUCUUACAAAAGAGUCUGAACAUGGCAGCCAGCAACGGCGACGUGGAACGAGUACAAAAGCUUCUUACGGGCGAUGCGAAAAGUUAUAUCGAUGUAAACAUGAAGGAUGAGGAAGGGACAGUGCCGCUUAUCUACGCAAGCUGUUUCGGGCAUCAAGAUGUUGUUUCGGCGCUUCUUGAUGCUGGUGCCUUUGUUGAUCAGCAGGAUCGGAACCAGUGGAGCGCAUUGAUGUGGGCUAUGACGAAUCGACAUAAAGCUAUUGCGAAGAUCUUGCUUGAUCAUGGGGCUUCACCGGAUAUCAAGUCUUCUUCUGGCGGGACGGCGUUUGACUUUGCGCAGCCCGGUAGUGAGAUUUCGGAGUAUUUACACGAGAACGGGUAUAACUUUGGUCCCGGGGCUGUUGUGGAUGAUUUCUAUGAUGCUGGACUUGCGCAUGGUCGGUUUGAAGAAGAACUUGCGGAGAAUGAGAUAAAGAGGCGGAUGAUGAUGGAAGAGAGUGCGAUCAAUUUGGAGGUUGAUUUGUCUAGUCUUGGGUUGGAUGAGAAGUUUGAGCCGUCGGAUGAGGAUGAUCUCGAACAGGAGCAGCAGGAAUUCGUGUGGGAUCGCUGUUUGAACGACCAGAUGUUUGUUUUUCAGGAUCAUGAACUGGAGCACAUCUUGGAUAUUAUUAUCACCAACAUGACGCCACAACGAUCGCCGUCUCAAAAGCCCGUUCCUGCGAACUUGUUGUUUCUCAGUGCGCGUUAUGCUCACUAUCAUGCUAGUCCCGAGCUACUUGCUGAGCUUCUAACCUCUGCAACGGAAAAGAUAAAUGACGUUGUUGAGCGCCAUCAGUGGGAUAUGACAAUGCAGGCAUUCUGGCUUUCCAACGCCACACUUCUACUGCACUAUCUAAAGAAAGAUGGCGGGUUGGUCGAGUCAACCGUUGAAUUUCAACUACAUCUAGCGGAGCUAGUCAACGAAAUCUUCGUUCUAAUUAUCCGCGACGCCGAACGACGAAUGAACAAAGUCCUAGAUGCAGCCAUGCUGGAUCAUGAAACCAUCCCAGGACUAGAAGAUGUCGCAUUUCAAAAUGAAUGGAAACUUUUCCGCAAGAAGAAGUCCGAGGCCCCUGAACCAGCAGAGAAACGAUUCCGCCCUCCCUCUCCACGGCGGCGAGCCCAAGUCUCCCCUCGAAACAUCACAUCAUUGCUCUCGUCAACACUCUUCGUCCUAGAUCUCUAUGACGUCCACUCUGUCAUCACUACCCAAAUCAUCUCCCAACUUCUCUAUUGGCUCAGCGCCGAGAUCUUCAAUCGUAUCAUGAGUACAAGACGCUACCUAGCACGAACAAAAGCCAUGCAAAUACGCAUGAAUGUCUCAGCAUUAGAAGACUGGGGCCGCACAAACAACAGACAACCCGAACACUACGAAAACGGCUCUAUGACCAGCACCGGCGAAUCAACAAUCGAUUCUGCCCGUCGCCAUCUAGCCCCCGUCAUUCAACUUCUCCAAUGGCUCCAAUGCUUCUCCUCUCUAGGCGACGACCACGAAUCCCUCGUCACAACUCUCCUCCAACUCCAACAGCUCUUUCCAAUCCAACUCCUCCACGCCGUCAAAUCAUAUAGACCCGAAGUCGGCGAAAAGGGCCUAACCAAACAAGCCAUGAAAUAUCUUCUGGAAAUGCAACGCGACCCCGAAAUUAUCUUCCGCGAACAAGCAAAACUCCAAGCAGAGAAAGAGAAGGCAUCAGCACCCCCGCCUACAACGGAAGAAGGCCGUCCUAAAACACCUACUAAAGACCAGAAUUCAUCCGAGAACCAUGCCUCGCCAGAACAGCAGGGCCACGCAUCUCCCGGCUCGGUAGCUGCAUCGUCCCGCCCGAGUAUGAGCUUGGCGGCUUCGGCACGAGACGACCGCCCGAAUAUAAAUAGUGUCUUUUUAGACCCUACACUCUUCCUUCCCUUCUCUCUUCCAACCAGUACAGACAUGCUGAUUAGCUAUGGUGCUGGUCUUGGCGGUACAAAUCGUGAGCGAGCACGGAAGUACAUUCCCACUGUGCCGGCGGAGGUUCUUAGCCGAUUUGACCGAGGUGAUUCAUAA